GCAUCAUAAUGGCGUCCACGCCUUCUCAAACGUCUAAGAAGGUUCGUAACAAUUCUGGUAGCGGACAAACGGUUAAAUUCGCAAGAAGAACAUCUAGUGGACGAUAUGUGAGUCUAUCCCGAGAUAAUAUUGAAUUAUCGGGCGAGCUCUCGGGAGAUUAUUCUAACUAUACAGUUCACAUACCUCCGACGCCGGACAACCAACCCAUGGCCACCAAAGCUGAAGAACAAUAUGUGUCAAACUCUCUAUUUACCGGAGGUUUUAACAGUGUCACGCGUGCACAUCUUAUGGAUAAAGUCAUCGAUUCAGAUGUCACACACCCUCAGAUGGCUGGUGCUAAAGGUUCUUCGUGUGCCAUGCCUGCUUGCGACGGAAAAGUCAUGAAAGACGAGAGAGGAAAGGACGUGAUGCCAUGUGAAUGCCGGUUCAAGAUCUGUAGGGAUUGCUUCAUGGACGCCCAGAAAGAGACAGGUUUAUGUCCAGGAUGUAAGGAACAAUACAAAAUCGGGGACCUAGACGAUGAUACGCCUGAUUUUUCUAGUGGUGCUCUCCCCUUACCAGCUCCAGGAAAAGAUCAACGUGGCAAUAACAGCAGCAACAUGUCCAUGAUGAAAAGGAAUCAAAACGGCGAAUUUGACCACAACAGGUGGUUGUUUGAGACGCAAGGCACAUACGGUUACGGGAAUGCGUAUUGGCCUCAAGAUGAAAUGUACGGAGAUGAUAUGGACGAAGGAAUGAGAGGUGGCAUGGUGGAAACAGCUGACAAACCAUGGCGGCCGCUAAGCCGACGGAUUCCAAUCCCAGCUGCCAUCAUAAGCCCCUACAGACUGUUAAUCGCAAUUCGUUUUGUCGUGCUCUGUUUUUUCCUAACUUGGAGGAUUCGAAACCCUAACGAAGAUGCAGUAUGGCUAUGGUUGAUGUCAAUAAUAUGCGAGCUUUGGUUUGGAUUUUCAUGGAUUCUAGACCAAAUCCCAAAGCUGUGUCCCAUAAACCGCUCUACCGACCUAGAAGUACUUCGUGACAAAUUUGACAUGCCUUCUCCAUCAAACCCCACAGGGAGGUCUGAUCUUCCGGGUAUCGACCUCUUUGUGUCCACGGCAGACCCAGAGAAAGAGCCACCCCUUGUCACCGCAAACACUAUUCUAUCCAUCCUGGCCGUUGAUUAUCCGGUGGAGAAGGUGUCAUGCUACCUUUCUGAUGAUGGAGGAGCCCUUCUAUCGUUUGAAGCCAUGGCAGAAGCUGCCAGCUUUGCGGAUUUAUGGGUGCCCUUUUGUCGGAAACAUAACAUCGAACCUCGGAAUCCAGACACAUAUUUUAGUUUGAAGAUUGAUCCAACAAAAAACAAAAGCAGGAUUGACUUUGUCAAGGACAGGAGGAAGAUUAAGAGAGAGUAUGAUGAGUUCAAGGUUCGAAUCAACGGCCUCCCUGACUCAAUACGGAGGAGGUCGGAUGCGUUUAAUGCAAGGGAAGAAAUGAAGGCUCUGAAACAGAUGAGAGAGAGCGGAGGUGAUCCAACAGAACCUGUGAAAGUCCCUAAAGCCACGUGGAUGGCCGAUGGUACCCACUGGCCAGGAACUUGGGCAGCCGCUACUCGAGAGCAUUCCAAAGGUGACCAUGCUGGGAUCCUACAAGUGAUGUUGAAGCCACCCAGCAGCGAUCCUUUAAUCGGCAAUGACAACGACAAGAUCAUUGAUUUUUCAGAUACAGAUACUCGGUUACCCAUGUUUGUGUAUGUGUCACGUGAGAAACGACCAGGUUAUGAUCACAACAAAAAAGCUGGAGCCAUGAAUGCACUCGUCCGUGCCUCUGCUAUUCUCUCAAAUGGACCUUUCAUCCUUAAUCUUGAUUGUGAUCAUUACAUAUAUAAUUGCAAGGCCAUCCGAGAAGGGAUGUGUUUUAUGAUGGACAGAGGUGGUGAAGACAUUUGCUACAUUCAAUUCCCACAAAGAUUUGAAGGCAUCGAUCCUUCCGAUAGAUAUGCCAACAACAACACUGUGUUUUUUGAUGGCAAUAUGCGUGCUCUCGACGGUGUUCAGGGACCGGUUUAUGUCGGAACAGGAACUAUGUUUAGACGAUUUGCUCUCUACGGUUUUGAUCCACCAAAUCCUGACAAGCUUCUAGAGAAGAAGGAAACAGAGAUAGAGGCCCUGACAACUAGCGACUUUGACCCGGACCUUGAUGUCACACAACUCCCCAAACGCUUCGGCAACUCAACACUCCUAGCAGAGUCAAUUCCUAUUGCAGAGUUUCAAGGUCGUCCAUUGGCAGACCACCCUGCUGUCAAGUACGGUCGUCCUCCUGGAGCCCUUAGAGUGCCUCGUGACCCACUUGAUGCCACCACUGUGGCAGAGUCUGUUUCUGUAAUCUCUUGUUGGUACGAGGAUAAAACAGAGUGGGGAGACAGAGUCGGGUGGAUUUACGGGUCAGUGACAGAGGAUGUGGUGACAGGGUACCGGAUGCAUAACCGUGGGUGGCGUUCUGUUUACUGCAUCACAAAACGAGAUUCAUUUCGAGGAUCUGCACCCAUAAAUCUCACAGACCGUCUUCACCAGGUGUUGCGGUGGGCCACCGGGUCUGUUGAGAUUUUCUUCUCAAGAAACAACGCCCUUCUCGCCUCCAAACGUCUCAAAUUCCUCCAACGUCUCGCAUACCUCAACGUUGGGAUAUAUCCCUUCACCUCCUUGUUUCUCAUCCUCUAUUGUUUUCUUCCCGCAUUCUCUCUUUUCUCUGGACAGUUCAUCGUGCGGACGCUGAGUAUCUCCUUCUUAGUCUACCUCCUCAUAAUCACCAUCUGUUUGAUUGGCUUGGCGGUUUUAGAGGUCAAGUGGUCUGGCAUUGGACUCGAGGAGUGGUGGAGAAAUGAACAGUGGUGGCUUAUCUCUGGAACGAGCUCUCACCUUUACGCUGUGGUCCAAGGAAUCCUCAAAGUCAUUGCAGGGAUCGAGAUCUCCUUUACAUUGACGUCCAAAUCCGGAGGAGAUGACAACGAUGACAUAUACGCAGAUUUGUACAUAGUGAAAUGGUCGUCGCUGAUGAUACCGCCCAUAGUGAUAGCGAUGGUGAACAUAAUAGCGAUUGUGGUGGCCUUCGUCAGGACGAUAUACCAGGCGGUGCCACAAUGGAGCAAGCUGAUCGGAGGAGCUUUCUUCAGCUUUUGGGUCUUGGCACAUUUGUAUCCAUUCGCAAAAGGAUUAAUGGGUCGGAGAGGCAAAACUCCAACCAUAGUUUUCGUGUGGGCAGGUCUCAUUGCCAUCACCAUCUCUCUACUCUGGACAGCCAUCAACCCUAACACCGGACCUGCUGCUGCUGCUGAGGGUGUGGGAGGCGGUGGUUUUCAAUUCCCUUAA